AUGUUGUCAUGCAAACAGACAUCAGCCUUGGAGGGGUACCAUUCUGUAAUAAACCACUUUGCACCCAAAAUGAUUGACUUUUCUUACCAUGGAAUACUUUGCAAGGAACAAGCAGUAACAAAGGAUGGCAGAGCACGGUACAAGAUAGUCUACCCAAAGUUUAAGAAGGGGGAUUAUUCUGUCAGAAGAAUUUUGGUAGACUGCACAUAUGACUAUGUACAAACAGUAAUGGCCACAGCGAUGGGUCUUGGAGAGGUCUCACAUAUGAAUGAGCAUGGUGUUAAACUGCUGAAGGUCCCCCCUCCUCUUUGUAGUGAAUAUGAGCGACCAGACAAAGUGAUAGACGUUCAAAAUCUGAUAACCCGCUUUAACAAUGCAGUACGGUAA